AGAGCAUCAGUAGAGUAUUCAGGGAGAGCAUCAGUAGAGUAUUUAGGGAGAGCAUCAGUAGAGUAUUUAGGGAGAGAAUCAGUAGACUAUUCAGGGAGAGCAUCAGUAGAGUAUUCAGGGAAAGCAUCAGUAGACUAUUCAGGGAGAGAAUCAGUAGACUAUUCAGGGAGAGCAUCAGUAGACUAUUCAGGGAGAGCAUCAGUAGACUAUUCAGGGAGAGCAUCAGUAGAGUAUUCAGGGAGAGAAUCAGUAGACUAUUCAGGGAGAGCAUCGGUAGAGUAUUUAGGGAGAGAAUCAGUAGACUAUUCAGGGAGAGCAUCAGUAGAGUAUUCAGGGAAAGCAUCAGUAGACUAUUCAGGGAGAGAAUCAGUAGAGUAUUUAGGGAGUCAAUCAGUAGAGUAUUUAGGGAGUCAAUCAGUAGAGUAUUUAGGGAGAGCAUCAGUAGAGUAUUCAGGGAGAGCAUCAGUAGAGUAUUUAGGGAGAGCAUCAGUAGAGUAUUUAGGGAGUCAAUCAGUAGAGUAUUUAGGGAGAGCAUCAGUAGAGUAUUUAGGGAGUCAAUCAGUAGAGUAUUUAGGGAGAGCAUCAGUAGAGUAUUUAGGGAGAGCAUCAGUAGAGUAUUUAGGGAGAGCAUCAGUAGAGUAUUCAGGGAGAGCAUCAGUGGAGUAUUUAAGAGAGAAUCAGUAG